AACCGUCCAUUUCUCUAUCUACCGGGAAGGACGCUGGUGUGGAGGUGCGUUCGGGUACUGUUCGAGACCCGCAUUGCGGUUUUCAAGACUGCCGCCUUUCGCUCUUUGUCGGCCUGGGAGUUGAGUCGUGACUCCGAGCCUCAGCCGCGGACAGUAACUGCCAUGGCUUCCGGCACUUUGGCGAAACCUCAGAUGCGGGGUCUUCUGGCCAAGCGUCUGCGGUUUCAUAUUGUUGGAGCAUUCACGGUUGCCCUGGGGGUUGCAGCUCUCUAUAAGUUUGGUGUGGCUGAACCAAGAAAGAAGGCAUAUGCAGAUUUCUACAGAAAUUAUGAUUCCAUGAAAGAUUUUGAGGAGAUGAGGCGGGCUGGAAUCUUCCAGAGUGUAAAGUAAUUUUGGAAUAUAAAGAAUUUCUUUGGAUUGAGGUCCUUAGAAGUUUGUACUGACUUGUGCUCCUGAACUAUUAAACAUGAAUAUGUGGGCUAAGAAAUAGUUUUUCUUGGUAAAUAAACAAUUAACAAAUACUGUA